AUUUCAUGGUAAUUAGUUGCUCAAGAUCUUGCACUUCUGUUGAGGAUUCUCAUGUUACAAGGUGUUCCCGAGAAGAAGUGGUGAAAAGCUAUGGGCAACUCCUGUAUUACUGGCGCUCCUCCUGCACUGCCGGUAAAGAUCCAUGAUCCAGUGUUCUUAUGGAAGAUUUAUGGCUUCUCAGCUCUACUUCAGAGGGGAUCUUUAGUUGCUUGCUCUGCUACUUUUCGUUGCUCUGGAUACAAGUGGUUCUUGGAAGUGAGGCCAAUGCAUAAAACCGUUGCUGAUGAAACUCCCUAUGUUGCUCUUAAUCUGGCGCUUAGCCGAACAGGCUUCCAAGCUGGUUACACCAUGAAUGUAGUGUUUGUUUUGUCACUGUACAACUAUUCAAAAGGAAACUUUCUCGUGUUCAAAGCCAGCUACAGCUUCGAUGUCAAGAACACACACUCUGGGAAUAUAUGCCUGAUUUCCCAUGAAGAACUACUGAAAUCAUCUGAGUAUCUGCUUGAUGAUACUUGUGUCCUUGGUGUGGAGAUAUUACAAGUGGAUGUGUGUCCUUCUCCUAACAGGAGUUACAGGAAGGUUGUUGAAGUUCCAAAGAAGUUUGUCUCUGUUCAGAACCUCUUCCUCCAGAAGAAGGGGUUUACUAAAGGGGACUACACCUGGACCAUGAACAACUUCCUUGAGUUGGAUUUGAAGCUAUCAGUCCCUUCACCAUUUGAAAUUGGUGGAUGUAAAUGGUUCAUCAGAAUGUAUCCGCGUGGUGACGAGUACAGCACUAAUUCCCUUUCCAUGUUCCUACACCCUCAAUCGUCAGACGAGCUAUCCCCCGAGUCUGGAAUGAUGAUUGAACUAACACUGUCCAUCCUGAACCAAGAACAUGUGCCACUCUACAAACUUUCAGCUCGCUUUGUCUUCGCUGACAACAAUGGCUGGGGAUGGUCCAACUUCAUCGGGCUCAACAAAUUCAAGGAUCUUGUUGGAUCAAGCUGCAUUGUGAAGGCAGACAUCACCAUCAUCGGGUCAUCAAGUGAGAGUCAUAUUAUGGUCUGAGGAAGAAACGAUGCCCUUGCAUCCUGCUGGCAAGACCACCUGCCAUGUUUAAUUACUUAUCUAUGAUAAUAUUAUGGUAGCAAUAGCAUCACCUAAGAACUUUGCUGAUCUAUGUUCUUACGGUAUUAGGGUAGGAAUCAUAUGACCUAAGGAAUGGGUGUUGAGAAAACGAGAGAGUAUGCCAUGCUACAUAUAUUUAUCUAUCUAUGUAUAACUGGAGAGCAAUGUUAUGUUCUGAAGUGACAGUACUCUUAUAUAUGCAUGGAUGGUACAAGUAUUUGGCAUGUAUGAAUGCUCA